CGAAAGUAUAGGGCUAGGGUUUUUUGGCGGGGGGCGCCGUCUCCAUGGCGGGCAGCGAGUGGCGGGGAGAUUUCAGAUUUGGCGGUAGAGCUGAUGCGGUCAAAUUCGAGAGCAAAAGCAAGCAGGAUUGCCUGCGGCGGCGCCAGGUGAUCAGUGAAUUGCUCAAGAACAAGGAGAAGGAGAAGGAGAAAGAGAAGGAGCGAUUGAAUGGUAAGGAGAGCGGCCGUGAUCGGGAUCGCGGUUUCUUUGGCCCCAGCAGCAGCUCAAAACCUAUACAAAGACCGCUCAAGCCUGUCAGACCUAUCCCAAAGGCGAAACAAGAGUGUGUGAAGAAACUCAAGGAUGCUCGCGAUUUUACCUUCCUGUUUAACGAGGGUGGCAGUCCGGCGGCGCAGAAGCCUACCUCCAACGGGAGCUCUGUUCACAAUGUCAGGAGUAAAGCAAGCGAGGAACGUAAAGCUAGCGAACCUCGCAAAGCCGUGCAGAAGCCUCAGGAGCGUAAGGUGACGGAGGUGAAGGCUGGAAAACUUGCGCAGGAGAUUUUGAAGAGCAAUUCCUUGAAGCCGCCUGUUAAACUGGCUGGAUCUACAGCUCCAAGGCCUUCGAGUGCUCCGAGUGCUCCUCCAAGUACAUCAAAACCUACAGUGAAAGCAUCCAAGCCAAGCAGACCGCCGGUAAAGCCGAAAGUAAAUCCUCAGGAGGCAAAGAAGCUAAAAGAAGGGCGAGACUACAGUUUUUUGUUUGACGAUGGCGGCGAUUCAAAGCCUGGGAACGAGAGGCCCAAUGGAAGCAAGGACAUGCCACCGAGAUCUUCGGAAAAAAAGGUUGUCAGUUCGAGUACAAAAAUGUCCUCGAAGCCUGUACAGCCAUCAGUUAAACCUCCGUCAAAACCCGCAACGACGGUAACAAAGACCACCGCGAAACCAGUCGAUAGACGGCCUUUACCUGACAAAAGAGUACCAGAUAAAAGGCCACUGUCAGAGAAAAGACCAAAUCAGCAACAAGGUGUGAAGCGCAAGCACGAAAGCGAGCCACCGGGGCCUUCGAAACAGAGUAAGCCUCUUGUAAGCCAUUCCAAGCCACAGCCGAAGACCGCGAUCACGAAAAAUAAGUCCCUGAUCGACCGCAGACAUGCGUUUCGAGACCUUUCUAGCGACAGCGACGAGGAUGAGGAGAGGGGCAUCGUCAAAUUGCCAAAACAAUUCCGGCUUUCAAGGCGUUACCAGGACGAUGGAUAUGAUUCCUCGGAUUCUUCCAACAUGGAAGUCGGGUUUAGUGCGAUCCAAGCGGAGGAAGCGCGAAGUGCUCGCAUUGCUCGCCAGGAGGACGAAGAACAGCUCAAGUUAAUCGAGGAGGAAGAACGGCAAGAAAGAUUGCGUAAGAGAAGGAAAGCGUGAAACGAGCCAUGUACAUUUGAUUCAUUGAAGGUGGAAAUAUUCUUCGAAUAUGCUUCGACAUAAAGGAUAUUCUAUUUUAAAUGUAAA